CCCCACCUCGAAUUUUCUGAUCCUCCGUGGCGAUACCCUCAUCGCGACCGACUCUUGCAAGAAUUUCACCUCAACUUUGUUGCUUUCUCGAUCAUAACUCUCGAGAACAUCCGUCUGUGUCUUGAACGUUCUGAUACCGCCGAACCGAACCAUCAUCACCUAACAGCUCUCUGCUUCUUCACGCCCCGCGCCAUCCACAUUCGCCAUGGCAGCCGUAUGCAAAGCCUGCGAGGACCCCCUCAUCAUCACAAUCGACCCAGACAGCGAAGACGAAGAUAACCAAACCGGCGACGAGCCCCAAAACGUCCCCGAUGACCUCGAGCUCCCUUGCGGCUGCCACUUUCACUGGCAAUGCCUCCUAGACCAAUCCGAACAGACAGCCCUCUCCCUCUCCUGCCCCUCCUGCACAACCUACCUCCCAUCCCAAAACCCAACCACCGGCGAACCCGCAAUCCUAACCCGCUACGUAAACGAAGGCGGCCUCCAAGACGCCCUCGACAUCCUCCCCACCCUCACAGAAGAAGCCUACCUCACCUCCAACCCAGAAGCCCGCCCCGCCCGCGCAUACCACCUCAUGGCCGCCGAAGGCGACCUCGAGGGCAUCGUCGCCCUCCUCCACGACGCAAACGAGGAGCUGGCCGGCAACGUCGACGCCCUGAGCCAGCUGAUCCGCUACCAGGACCCGCUCGCCGGCGGCCGGAGCGCGCUGCACGUCGCGGUGGAAAAGGCGCAGGAGGAAGUGGUGUGGUUGCUUCUGUGGAUCGCGUCGCGGUUGUCGACGGACGCAUUUCCCGCUGCGGCGAGAGAGGUUGCCGAGAGUCUGCAGAUUGUCAGGUUGACCAAUGAUGUUGGCGAGGAUAUUCGCGCGCUCAAGGCUGAGGAUGGGACGACUGCCGAGGACGUAGCCAAGGGUUUGCCUGCUCGCUGGGGCGCCUUGGUUGAUGCCGGUGUUCUGCGUGCCUAAGUUGUGUGAAGAGAGAUGCGAAUGAAAAAGAUACCCCAGCCUGGUGUGGACGAAUCAUACAGUCUAGCAAAACACUCAUAGCACGUG